AUGCUUGUCGGUCAACUCAUUUUCGUCGGAUCCGUCCCUUUUGGGGCUUCUCUCUCCCGACCCAACGUUGUUGGUACCUACAUCACACUUCACAUUCCACUCCACCUCGUCCUCUACCUCCUCUAUCGUUAUUCAACCUCCUUUGUCUUUCGUAGGGCUGCUCCGGCCGGCCCUCUCACCACCGUCACGAUUUCAUCCUCAACUCCCCCCAAUACCUCCAACUCGAUUUCCCUCCGGUCCCUAUCUCCUCAUUCCCGGCCCUCGCCUGAUCCGCCUGCCUCGCUGCACGAAUCCUCACGCGAGAAAGAGGGCAACCGGCGGUUCGCUAAGUUCUCUCCCUCCCCAACCCCAUCUGCCACAGACUCCGACUUCUCCGUCUGGUCCGAUUCGGGUGAUUUGGCUGAACAGCUCGCCAACGAAGAAGAUCCCCUUCAAAUUCAGCUUCGUCGCUCUCUUGAUCAUCAGGUUUUUGGUAGAACUGGCUUCCGCUCCCGCGGGAAACGCUCAAAACGGAUCAACCACCAGACGCCUGGCCACCCUCACGGGCACAACCACCUCGAACUCGACCACAACCGCGCUGGCCUUCUCAAGGAGAUCAUUAUCCCUUCCCCUUCCCCUCGCACUGUUUCCAGGGCGGAAAAAAUAUUAACCAUCAUCAUGUCACCUGGAAACAUCCACAAGGUCCAGGCCAAGGGUUUGGUGGGCAAACCAUUGCUAUAUUUCACGAGUGUCUUUGUAUCGUUAGGUGUCUUCCUUUUUGGAUAUGAUCAGGGAGUCAUGUCGGGCAUUAUCACGGGUGCCGACUUCAAAGACUAUUUUAACCAACCCACGCGGGCGGAGAUUGGUACCAUGGUUGCUAUUCUAGAAGUCGGGGCGUUUAUUUCAUCUCUCAUCGUCGGAAAAAUUGGUGAUAUUAUCGGUAGAACUCGCACUAUCCUCUACGGAUCCAUCGUGUUUUUCAUUGGAGGCGCUCUCCAGACAUUCGCUACAGGGAUUCCUAUGAUGCUGGUUGGUCGUAUCAUUGCGGGUUUGGGUGUAGGUGCCUUAUCUACCAUUGUGCCUGUUUAUCAGUCUGAAAUAUCUCCUCCGCAUAAUCGAGGCAAGCUGGCUUGUAUAGAGUUCACUGGAAACAUUUGUGGUUACGCUGCCAGCGUGUGGGUAGAUUAUUUUUGCAGUUUUAUCCCAAACAAUUAUGCUUGGCGGUUACCACUGGCGUUCCAAUGCAUUAUGGGUGCUUUUUUGGGUGUUGGGUCUCUUAUUAUCUGUGAAUCUCCUCGAUGGUUGCUAGACAAUGAUCAUGAUGAAGAAGGAAUGGUUGUAAUCGCCAACCUCUAUGCUGAGGGUGACCUUCACAAUGACAAAGCCCGCCAAGAAUAUCGAGAAAUUAAAAUGGGGGUUUUACUUCAGAGACAAGAGGGCGAACGGUCAUAUGCAGAAAUGUUUCGCCGCUACGGCAAACGUGUUUUUAUCGCAAUGUCGGCCCAGGCGUUUGCUCAACUUAAUGGAAUUAACGUCAUCUCGUAUUAUGCACCACUGGUGUUCGAAUCUGCAGGCAUGAUGGGACGCAAGGCAAUUCUCAUGACAGGUAUUAACUCACUCAGUUACCUGGCAUCGACUAUUCCGCCAUGGUACCUUGUCGACUGCUGGGGACGACGACCAAUUCUGCUCUCCGGCGCCGUGGCAAUGAUUAUAUCUUUGUCAUUUAUCUCUUAUUGGCUCUAUCUUGAUAUUAAGAGCACCCCGAUCCUUACCGUUAUCUUUGUCAUGAUAUACAAUGCUGCAUUUGGUGCUUCGUGGGGCCCAAUUCCAUGGCUAUACCCACCGGAAAUUCUACCACUGAGUAUUCGAGCGAAAGGAGCGAGUUUGAGCACUGCAUCGAACUGGGCGUUUAAUUGGCUUGUGGGAGAAUUGACCCCAGUUUUGCAAGAAGCCAUCAAAUGGCGUUUGUAUUUGAUGCAUGCUUUCUUCUGCGCGGUCAGUUUUGUUCUAGUGUAUUUCGUAUACCCCGAAACCAGCGGUAUUCGUCUGGAGGAUAUGGAUACAGUUUUCGGCGAUGGAACCUCAGCUCCAACACCCCCCACCCCCGCUGAACAGGAUGUGCUCAUAGGCGCUGGAUCGCCGAUUCCCUCUCUUGAUCUUCGAAGAUCACACGAUGACCAUCACGGCGCCGAUUAUGGAAUUCCAGAACUGGACCUCAACCCGAUUGAAUCAAGCAGUAAGCCAGUUCCAUCUGGCACUGUAGAGCGAUCUUAUCGCGGCGAAGGAAUCCGUGGUUGGAUAUCCAGCAUGGUUGGGCGAGGGACUAGCUCUGGAAACAAGGGUGAUCAAGGGCGAUAUAGUCGCCUUGACCAGGAUGAGGAAAGGUAG